UGCAGGAAUGUGACGACACUGAAGCAUGAUGAAAACAUUGUUGUCCUUGCCUGGUACCGUUAAUUUAGUAAUAAAACACCCUCGUUUAAUAAAUGUUUUGAUUUUCUUCCGUGGCAGGUGUGUUUUUGGUGCAUCACUUGAUACAGCGGACCCUCGCUCUACCUCCUCACGUGCUCGCUUAUUGGAUGUCAUAGAGGUGUGCGAGGAGCACCAAAAUAUGGCGCUAUCAUUUCCAGCCAAUAGCCGCUCAGUUUGUAACAGGUUUCUGCUUGCCGUCACGACGGCGACGGGAACGCGCGUCCGAGACGGGGAAAGGGAUUUAGAGGCGUCGGGGUCGCGCUCACCGUGUUUGGCUGGCAAGUGCCUGCUUCACCAGGUUCAGCAUUAUGGGGGAUCCUGGACCCCGAGACGAGAUGGACCCUCAUCGAGCGACCACAGCACAGGGACCGUGCAGGCGGUUCAUACCGGGGUAGAGGAGAGCUUUCAUAUGUCAGUAAGUGAGCUGCAGAGGAGGAGGUGUUUUCUGGGAGUCAAUCAGAGCUGGAGUCACUGCUUGGUAGGUUAUUGAAGGAGAUACGGACGUGAGGAAACUGGGAAGUCGACUUAACUUCACUAAAUACCGCAUUGAACUGAGCGGAAACAAUGAAUAAAUUGGUGAUUACGAGCCGGUCCGGUCAGCCUGGGCGAAUCGGAACAGGCUGGGCUUGUCCAGUGUGAAGUCGGCUCCCAUCUGUUGACUUCUCCGCCGGGCGGCGAUGUCCGCUUUCUGCCUGGAUCUGCAGACGUCUGCCGUGGUUUCAGCACCAGUAGAGCUGGACAGCGACUGCAUGGAGCCGCCGGCUAGCCCCGGCGCUCAGGAGCCCGGCGGCUUUCAGGGCCACCCGCCGCCGCGGCGCGCCGGCUCCGGAGGCCUAGGCACGGCCUUGGAGGAGGAACUGGCCAUGAUCACCGGGGAGCGGGGAGUCGACGAGGAGCUGGCGGAGCUGGAGGCGCCAGCGGCGGGGCAUAGCGCAGACAUGCUGUUGCUCUUCCGGCAAAAAGAGAAGGACUUGGUUUUAGCAGCUAAACUGGGCAAAGCGCUGCUGGAGAGAAACCAAGACCUGACCAAGCAAUACGAGAAGAUGCACAAAGAUCUGUGUGAGAAGUUGGAGCACCUGGAGCAGGAGAAACACGAGUUGCGGCGGCGCUUCGAAAGUCGAGAGGGUGAGUGGGAGGGCCGCGUGGCCGAGCUGGAGACGGACGUCCAGCACCUGCAGGGCGAGCUGGAGCGCCACCAGGUCCAGUUGAGGGAGGCGGACAGGGACAAGACCAAGGCCAUCAGCGAACUGUCUGAACAGAACCAUAGGCUGCUGGAGCAACUCAGUAGGGUGAGGAGGAGUGAGUCUGUGUGUGUGUGUGUGUGUGUGUGUGUGUGUGUGUGUGUGUGUGUGUGUGUGAGUGUGUGUGUGUGUGUCCAUCCUCAUGCUUCAGAGGUUACAGCUUUAGGCCACCUGGGCAAAUCUGCAAGGAAGAUUUAAUUAGCUCGGGCUUUGUGUUGUGGGUCACAUGGUCCUAAUGCUUCCCUUAUAUGGCCUUCCAUCCACGGCACACUUCUUAGGGAAGCACUAUGGUGUGUAUAGAUGUUUGUAUUCUGAAAACACAAGUUCUCAGAAUUCUUAAUGUGGCAUUAUGUGGACAUUUUGCUGGUUCACACAGUGAACAAAGGUUAGGUUUAGGACUAAGGAGUGAAUUGAGUUUAGGGCUAGGUUUAUACUCAUGAGGGUUAGGGUUGGUGAAAGUGUCUGCAGUUACUAAAAUGAUUGGGAGUCAAUCCAAAGUCUUAAUAUGGGUAGAAAUACAAUCGCGUGUCUGCGUGUAUGUGCGUGUACGUGCGUGCGUGCGUGUGUGCGUGUGUGUGUGUGUGUGUGGCCUUGUAUUUGAUACAGUACAUGGACCAUUUAAACGCUACAUUGUUUCUUAUGGGGCCUAAUGUCAGGACCUCAUAAGAAGAGGUGCUGUUUUAAGCGGUAGGGGUUAGGUUUACGAUUAUUAUGUACUGGUAACGGGUAGUUUUACGGUAUGGGUUAGUAUUAGGCUAUAGAAAUUAAUGAAGUGAAUCUAAAUACUUUUGAAGGCAGAAAUACUUACUAUGUGUGUAUGUCUGUAUGUGUAUGUGUGUUUCCUUGGGGCCAAUCUGUUGAGUUUCUGUCUGCUUGGCUGGAAUAGCACAGGCUGCUCAGCCAAAUGAGUUUUCAUCCCCCUCUCUCCCCUAAUGGUGGACCUACCCCUGUUCUGCUGAUCUCUCUCACUUAAUCUGAAUUAUGCCAGGUCCUAAAUAUAAAAGCAGGGCUUCCAGGUCUAUCUUUGAAUAAUUUACGGCGAUUGAACUAUGCGCUUAUGCAAUAGCCCUCUGCUUAUUGACAGGUGAUUUGAGUGCAGUUAUUUGUGACUGGCUGAGAUGGAAUGAAGAGAUUCGGAGACAGAUGAUUGGAGAAAUUAAUGGGAACAAAGCUUGAGCCGUUUUGGGCCAGACGUCGAAGCUUUAUCGUGAAAUGGUUCACAAACUGCAGGGUAAGCUGAGGCUGGCUGCGAGGGAAAGAUUGAUGGAACUGAGAGUGCUAACGUUUGUAGCUGCUCUUAUUUAAGCCGCUUUAAGAAGCUCAGAGGAACUUCUCAAUCUGCCCAGCUGACACCAAGAAAUGAACACUUCCUUCAGUCAGGAUGGCCACUUGCUAAUAUAAUAGCUCCCGAAACAACAUCUAUGUUCUUUCAUUCUACACUGGGAAGAACGUACUUCCAUUCGUGUUAUAUGGGUUAUAUACAUUAUAAAGAUUUGAAGGUUAUGAAGGCUUGGUAGGGACCUCAUAUUUAAAGUAACAGUUCAGCGCCUUUGAUAUAUUUCAGUCAAGAAACAAAACAAAAUGUAAACUUCUUCUUUUUUUCCCCCCACUUCAUUCAGCAGUGUUACAAGAAACUAAAAGUUUUAUGACAAUAAUUUGAUUUCAUCAAUCUGUUGGAGCAUUACAAGUGGAGGGUGUAGAUAAAGAAUAAGCAGACAUACACUGAGUUUAUACAAUAGCAAAGAAAAACAGAUUAAAUUAUUUUGGAGCCGUGUCAACAUAUAGACAAUCCGGUGCAGGAGAUGUACUUGAAUGCACCAUAGAAGCAUCUGUUAG